GGUAGCUUCGCAGUUCAGUACAAGCUUGGACGUGGUUCGCAUGUUGGGUGCAGAUUGUCAUUAGGCGGGUUGUCUGGGUUGGUAGGAGUGUGGCGACGAUUUUGUUUCCUUCCUAAAAUACGAAUGCUAAUUUGUGCACGAUCGCUGGCAACGUCGUUGUGUAUAAGCAUUAGCCAUGAAUGUGCUUUGUUGCUACACUGUGACGCGGAUUCCAAAUACCAACCGCGCGGGGCACGUCGGUGACAGUGGUUCCCCUGCUCCCCGUUACGUUGUAAAGCGUCUGUAGCUCUAUCCUAACCAGACAUCUGCGGGCAAAGUGUCGCGUUCUAGUGCUGGCGUUUUCAGUUUUAUUUCUACUUUUCGGUCUCGAUUGUUUUAUCUUCUGCCGCUGUGUUUGGUUUUGCAAAUGUUCUUGGAAGUGCUGUUUUAUAUUUUCCGUGGAAAGUGUUCUGAGCCAGUGAUCUUCAGGUGAUAUGGUGAACUAUGCUGAUAUGUAAUCAACUUUGCAGCAGGAUACCCCCACUUCAUCCAAACUUAUUUUGAAAAUCGGCGGAAGUCGAAGAUUUAGAGUCGAAAGCCCACGUGCCAUCGCAGAAGAUAUUCACUUUAAAUAAAAAUAAUCUCUUGAAUAUUUUCGAUAUGUAUAUUCAAAGUCGAUAUAUUGCCUCCAAAAUAUCUAUGCUUUUUGGAUUUUCGGUGUUAUUUCUGGUACUAGCUGCAUCAACGAUUGGGAUAACAGAAACUAUAGCUGGACAACGGGAAUCCUGUUCAAACGAGGGCGAGGAAGUGAAAUUAGGAAACUUCAAAUGUUUCAAAUGUAAAUGCCAGAAUGGUUUUGUGGAAUGUGAACCUGAAAAUUGCCCGGUAAUUGACGAUUGUUAUAUGCUAGAGGAGCGACCACGAAAUGGAUGUUGCCAGAAAUGCAAAGAUUGCUUUUAUAGAGGUCGUCGAUUUCCAAGUGGAUCCGAAUGGUCUGACCCAGAAGACAGUUGUUCCACAUUCCAGUGUGAAGCCGGAGUUAUUACGGAAACAAUUCAAGAAUGUUAUACUCCUUGUUCAAAAACUAUUCCCCCUAGGCCUGGACAAUGCUGUCCAACGUGUUUAAAUUGCUAUCUUAAUGGACAACAAGUGCUUGAAGGCCGAGAGGUGACAUUAACUGAAGACCCCUGCCUCAAAUGCCACUGCUCUAAUAAGAAGCUAACUUGUGCAAAAAAAGCUUGUCCAGUAUUGCAAUGUCCAGUUUCGACGCAAAUUCGAAUACCAGGCGAAUGUUGUCCCCGAUGUUCCAAAAAACGAGAAAUUAUGCAGGUUCCAGGAAAAUGCAUCUUAGGCAAAGGAUUUCAUUCAAAUGGUAAGCAUUUCGCGGCUGAUCGCUGUACAUCUUGUGAAUGUGUAAAUGGUACUUCAAUAUGCCACAGAAACACUUGCCCGGUCUUAGAAUGCUCUCCAGAAUAUCAAAAAGUAAAUCCAGGUGAUUGUUGUCCACAUUGUCCCCCAGUUGCAGAAGUACGAUCAACAUGCACAUAUCACAAUCAAACUUUUCAAAACGAGGAAACAUGGAUUUUGGGACCCUGCAGGUCAUGUAAAUGUCAUAGUGGUGAAAUUAGGUGCGCCCAAACGAAGUGUCCUAAAGUAAAGUGCCGUCCAAAUGAAAUAUCAAUUACCCCCGAAGGUCAGUGUUGUACCAGAUGUGUAGAGAGCGCAGGAAUAUGUACAGUUUUCGGAGAUCCGCAUUACAAAACUUUUGACGGAAAGCAUUUUAGUUUUCAAGGAUCAUGUAAAUAUCAACUUGCAGCUGAUUGCCACGAUCAUACUUUCGCUAUACGAGUUACAAACGAUGGCCGACUUAAAAAUUCAACAACACGAACAAGGACAGUUACAUUGAAAAUUCGGGGAAUCCGAGUUAAUUUGGGACAAAAGUUUCGGGUGAAAGUGAAUGGAAGUAGAGUUUCUGUACCGUUUAAUUUGAAGUCGAUUUUAAAAAUUGACCAAUCAGCUGAAGCCAUUUUCCUUACGACAGAGAUAGGCUUACAAAUCGAGUGGGAUGGAAGAAGUUUCUUGCAGAUCCAAGUACCGCCGACUUAUAAAAAUAAACUUUGCGGCUUAUGUGGAAAUUUCAAUGGAAUAUCAAGAGAUGAUCUUACAUCACGUGAAGGAAUAAAUUGUUCUGACGCAAAGAUUUGGAAAUUUGCCAAUUCGUGGAAAGUGGGCGGGCAAAAAACAUGCAACAAAAGACGUCUAAUCAGGCCUCAAACAUGCAAAAUUCAUUCGCAACUGUCAUUAUGUUCACCACUCCUAGAAUCAACCACUUUCGGAGGUUGUGACAGCCACAUAAAUCCUCACAAUUAUUACGAAGCUUGCAAACAAGAUAUGUGUGAUUGUGCAUCGCAGACGUGCUAUUGCGAAAGCUUCGCUGCCUACGCUCAUGAAUGCGGCAGGCUAGGAGUAAGUGUUCCCAACUGGCGACGAAUAACUAAUUGUCAGUUUGAACCAACUCAUAACAAAAACCAGGAUCAUUCAGCAACUAUGAAAAAAACAUUACAUAAAACAGAGGAGAAGCAGCAAUCAGAGCGUCUUCGAAAAAAACAAAGGCGCCCGGAUUUCUUCACUAGACACGUACCAAAAGCUUUACUCAUACCGAAACACCAGGAACGAACACCGCCGCCACUUCAGUAACGAAUAGGCUUUAUGUAAAUUAAUUUAAUUGAUAUCUUUAGUAAGUUAUACCUUUUUUGUAAUAAUAGUGUAGAUUUUUUUUAUUGAAUAUAGCAUAUCAUUCUUUAAAUACCAAAAAGUGAGGUGAGUUAAACUUGUUAGAGUGGAAAUCAUUUGAAUGGAAUUUUAUUUCCAAGGAAUUAACUUGAUAUUUCAAGAAAGUGAAAUUUCAAUGCCAGAAAAUUAAUAUUCCUCGUUAGCUCUGUAUGUGAUGUUAUCACAUCAUUUUAUGUAUGUUACAAUUUUCAGUUUAAAUAAGUUUCACAUUAACAAAACGUUUAACCUACAAGAAUGUAUUAUCUAUUUAAAUAUUUAAUAAAAUAUAUGUGGACAUGAUUCUCCUUUGCGGAUGAAUGAUAUAGUGAA